UCUGGAAACUCACUUCUUGUGUCAUUUCACGAGAACAAACAAAAGUUUAUGAAACUUUGAAAGUUUUUUUUUUUUAAGAAGUCGAAACAUAAAUUGUCGAAAGGGGGAUCUCGAGUACACUCGCUGGCAGAUUUCCUAAAAGCAGUUGUUGAACCCGCUUCUAGCUGUGAAAGAUGGCGAGAGAAGUGGCAGUCAUGAACAAAAACUGAUUUCAUCCUGUAAAAAUAGCAACUAAAAAUAAUUUAUGUAAUCUUUGUCUGUUUGGAAAAACAAUAAAAGUCAUUCCUGACAUCCUCCUGUGGCAAAGCAAUUUGGUUGGAUGGAGGGUUACGUACGUAGGGUGUGUGUACCCCUUAGUCUGGCAAAGGUAGUAGACAGGUAGGUUCAGUCCUUUGACAUGUGACCGUAAGAGGACAUGAAGGAUAAAUUAUCUGUCGAGUCCAUCUUGGUCUGUCAAAGUAUCCGACAGAGCAACAAAAAUCAUUUUUCAUUUUAUUCUUUUCUAUUUCUUGUAGUAAACUUGCGAAAGUAAACAUUCAUCCUUCUUUUCUUGUGAGUUUUCCAAGCUCAUCCUUACUGACCUGUAUAUCAAACGAUACAGUUGCCCUAUCGUCAUAACAUCAGUUCUAUCCGUUUAUCCCGAUGUUAGAAGAAAGCAGUAAUGGCCCCUCAUCGCACUUUCCACGAACUGCUUCGUAUCCUUUGACCUCUGCCAUCAUUUCGAUUCGUAUUAACGCUGACAUAUGCUUGAACCGCCAGACAGGUGGUAAUUCUUCUGCUGUUGCAGGUAAAGGAUAGGUAAGCGACUUGCACUUACCGCAACUUUCAGUCUGGAUGCGAGACUGCAUUCUUCACUGUCAACAACAAAACAAAAAUCACUUUCGCUGCAAAAAAAAAAAUAAAUAAAAAAAAAUAAAAGAAAGAAAAAAAGCGAGAAGGGAGAAACUGUCGAUUGUAAAUACGAUGCACAUGUUGCUGGCGGUGAAAAAAAAGAGAGAAGAGUGUGGUAUCGGCCAUGAUGGCCCGGUGGCCGGACCGCUAUCAAUCUAGAUAUAAACCUUUUCGAUCACUCGCCAUGCUUAACAGCGUUAGCAGCUUCAUCGCGAUGCCCGUACAGUCGGCUUAACAUGAUUAACCACAACAGGAAAGAGCACUUCCCACCCCACCCCACCCCAACCCUGCCUCCACCCCUUCCCCCAACCCCACCUGCCCAUCCAGCUCAUUGUUAGCCGCGCAUGCGCAGAGGAUGGCCCCUUUUGGCGAUAGAUUGCACUGCAUCUCCGGAAAAUGAAUCAGAGAGCGUGCGCUGAAAAGUGGUUUUGAGUUUCUGGUGGGUAAAGGUCUGGGGGACAAUGGUAGGUUGGAGGAAACCGUUUAGAAACGGGGAGGAAGAGAGAGUGUGGGGGUAAUGUGGGAGAACGGGUUCAAAACCAGAGCACUUUUUAGAUGAUUUUAAGAAGUUAAUCGCAUAGUAUAAAUCAAGAACUUAAUAAAUAGCUUCCUUUCAUUUAUUUGACUUUGUUUCAACUACGGAGAGGAGGGUGGAAACUCGAGUACCUGAAAAAAGACAAGUGUCCUGAGUAAGUGUCACAAACAGGAAGUGGCCCGAGAAGGGAUUCGAUCAGAGGACGCUCCGAGUCUCAUUGAAGUGUUAGCAAGUGAGGGUUUUGUGUCCUCCCGUCCGUUUGCGAUAUGCAAGCCAUUUAUUGUGCUGAAAUGCACAUUGAAGUAUGGGAGGGGAGGAUAGAAACCCUUCAACAUUAGAUGUUAUCAGCUCUCCGACUGCGUUUUAUUAAGGGUAUCUAUGUAGUUUAAUAUGGAGUUCUAUCUGCGCGCAUUCCAACGCCUCAAUGAAGGAAUAAAACAAAAAAGAAAAACCCAGAAAACUGGAACUUUUAUUCCUUCAUUCCACCACCAGUUACUAACAUCACGGACGUGUAUAGGUGGACUGCUGUCUGCCGAGACCAACGCUUAGCCUCUUGCGAAGUUAUCUGCUGUUAGUCUCGGCGAGCCUGAACAAAGAAUGUGACUAAACCGGAAGCUAUGUAGUAUCAUGCCUCGUUUUAGUAGUUAACUGGAAAAAAAUCGUCUGUCAGCAGUCCAGUAAUACAAGUUCGUGGUAACAUGGCCAGCUCGCACCUUCCGCUUACAAAUGCAGUGUCGAGAUGAGAAGCUCAUGGCGAACUUUUCUUUCUUUGACAAACGUUUGUGUCACUGGCUGACGUAUGAACACUGCUCACUAUUGUUUCUGAACACUGUUCACUAGCUGACAUUGUGUCGAACUCUCACGAACUGUUGUAUCGUUCACUGAUCUUAAACUGUGACAAGGUCCCUCCACGCGCAGUAACAGAACAUGCUAGAGCCAUCUUACCACUCGUAAUACCGUUAAAAGACUUCCAACAUGGCGGACAGUGGGUUCCAGCAGAGCCAGCCAGGAAUUUUUCAGUUAGUUUCACAUCAGUAGGUCUCGCUCGCUGGCGAACGUUUGCACUGCAGCACUUUGCUGUCUCGUGUUGCCUUGCGCCACCUCUCGGCCCUGACAAGGUUCGCUAUUGACGUCGCGCGGGGAGACAAUCGUUUCAAGGGAACCAAUUCAUUAUUUUUUCAUGCCCGGAAAAGGUUAUCGUUCCUGCGUCAGCCAUCAAUCUUACUACAGUUUUAGGUAAUGCCGCAUUCUCUUCUCUGCUGCGACGUCUGACGCUUGCAACGUGGAUGGUCGUCCCUUGUACAAAAGUAGUGCUCUCCCCUGAGUAAGGGCGAGGAGGUCGGAGUGUAAGAUGUGAUGCCUUCACCCGUGCUGCUGCUGUGGUCGCUGCUGUCGGUGCUGGUGGCUGGCACGUGCACUUUCACCUUCCUGCAGCCCUUCUGGCUGGUCCACAGCGACCUGCUCCACGCUUUCGGACUCGUGGCCUAUUGUUAUUCCGGUUCCAGUCACCAUGACGACCGAGAAACGUGCAGCGCGUACGGCGGCAACUUCCGGUUGGGCAGCAUCCCUUCCGGUGCCUGGCAGGCGGCGUGCGUGUUGUAUGGCGCGGGCUGCGUUCUGGCCUGUUUGGGGGCGCUGCUGUCCCUGUGCAGCGCGUGCAUGCCGGGACACUGCCGGAGGAGAGUGACAAGGGCUGGAGGCUACGUGCAGACCGUCUCAGUUCUCAUCAUGAUCGCCGGGCUUCUCAUCUUCCCUCUAGGCCUCAGCUCCAAAUUUUUCCGCCAUUACUGUGGCGACAGCGCCGCAGCCUACAACUCUGGACACUGUUUGAUUGGCUGGAGCUACAUGCUAGGCAUCAUGGGAACGGCGCUGUCUAUCUUCUGCCCCUUCCUCUCCCAGUUCACCGACAUGAAGGCGUCGGACAUCUUUUCUUGAUGGAUUUUUUCUGAGUUAGAUCGGUGUGUCGUGGUUAUAUCCUCCGGCUCAUACACAAAAUAUUAUUUACAAUUCCGUUGCUCAGUCGUGUAAAUGCAAAGAUAUGCUUCGAUGUGUCUGUAGUUUUCAUUCUGGUCACGUGAUUCAUUCUGGUCAUCAAUGGGUCAAACAAACGUGUGUGGCUCGGUGACAUACUGUGUGGUGAUCGAUGUUGUUUUGUGAUUUCCAGGAUACUGCCGAAGCAGACGACAGAACUGUUGAUCAUGAUGCAUCAUUUUUCUUGUAUUCCUUUUUGUACCACCAUGAAAUCUUUCUGGAAAUAUGUACAGUAGAAAAGUACAUCUUUAACAAGCAUUAUAAUUUACCCUAUCAUGCAGUUUCGAUGCAGAUUUGUUUGAAAAGCAUAGAUUGUACUAAGGCGAAGUGGAAUAGGUAAACCUAGAAUAUGUGUGCGCGCGCGCAUUAUAGAAAUUAGAAAGUGUAUGAGAAAAAUUGUGUGUGUGUGUCAAUGGGAGGAGGGGUGGAUGCGGGACUUCUAGUGAGAAACCAACAAAAAAAGAGAGAACAUAUUUCUCUGAGCUGCGUCACAGAGGUCACAGGGGCAUCCCUUGCUGCGCGGCAGGAAUCGUUCUUCUCGUCUCUAAUGUUUCCCAUCCAGCAACCGCUCACAGGCUACAGGACAUCAGCGUAAUUUCAAACCCUGAGCUUGGAUCCAACUGUAGUCGUUAAGCGACCUUUGGUCCCUCGACAUUAACCAUUAAGACAUAAGAAUUACACAGUGUGAGUGCGGGUCGAGUGAGUUAACACUUUGCAUCCAAAAUUUAAGUUGGUAUAAAAGAAAAGUGGCAUGAACUUCAUAUAUUUCGAAUCACAUAAAGGUUAAUAAUGAUGUAUCUCGGUGUGAACUAAGUUGGAAGAUAACAACGGGUGGGUGGCAAAUGUUUACAACUAGAUACAAUGUCUAUGAGGUACAGAAAUAAUUAAUGUUUUUGGGCGGGAGGGCGUGGUGGAAGCCAAAGUACAUGGAAUAAAACUGACUGUCAGUUCUGCAAAAAGGUGUUUCGAGACAAGAUGUGAUCCCAGGACCUCUUGGUUCUCACUGCAAUGGCGACAAGCGAGUGAUUUAUCACUCACUGCUGAGCGUCUCUGAAGGGGCAGUAAUUCGACCAGACUGCUUUAUAGUGCAAGGGAAGUAAUGCACCAAAUUAGGAACCGCCUUUUGAAAGAGGAAAGCCAUAAGUACUCAAUGUAAGUCACAGAGGUGACGAUUAAGUGUUUAUCAAUCACCAUUUUUUUCAAGCCAACAAAGUAAGAGGGAGCGCUGGCCAAGGUAGAGAUCCAGGCACGAGGUUAUUAGUUUCGACUCUCAAAUUGCUAUGGAGACAAAUCGAUGACCAGCCACUCAGGAAUGUGUUCUGGACAAUAAGACGCAUGUAGGUUUAAAGCUUCAAGAGCAAAAUAUGACCGAAGAAAAUAUAGAAAGUAAUACCAUCAGACAAUGGGGAUAAUAGACAAAAUUCAUGAAUUGCCAUCGGAUUAUUUUUGGUCUGGGUAGUUCACUGUAUGCGGCUGCAAGUUUUUGGCCCAGGGGUGGCUGUCAUAAGACUGACGAUCAAUGGGCGACACAGAAGCUUCUAACAUCUCACUCACCUACGACUGCAUUGUCUUGGGACUAUCUUAACCUUUUUUCAGUCAAAGAUCAGCUGUAAGAAGUACAAAGCUUCACGCGGCGGUCCAGACGGCUCCCAAAACUGGAUAGGGCUUCAAGGGAGGAAAGCUGCAUCGGGGGACACGAUACGAGUUGAUACGAGUAGCAUCCCUUUUUGUCCCCCGUAUGCUGUGAAAAAGGUCCGCGCACAGUGGGCACGAGACAUUUUGUGGACUCUUAAUUUAACGACCUUUUCAUCGUAAUCGUUUACAAAUUUCAUAAUUUAUAUGUAAAACUCAUGAUGUGUUAAAUUCAUGUUUCAACGAAAUAAAAUUAAUAUUUUUAAAA